GGUGGACGUGAACAAGGCAGAAGGUGUUGGUUUGGCUUCAGAGGAAAGGACUAAUGAGGAAAAUGAGCCAUGUAGCGGGUGGUGUAGCAGCUAGCUAAUUCCACAAGAUGGCGGUAACGCAACAGCGAGGGUGAAGGCCGCCGGUGAACUCCACACCGGAAGAAGAAGACGGUUUCCUCCAACAACAAUGGCGUCCCCCACGACGGGAGGCGGCGUGAGUCAACCACAGACAGGGAAACAAUCCAAAAAGACUAAAAGCCUAGAGGAUGAAUCUGAACUGCUGUCAGUUCCCGAGGGAUGGAAAGAGGCGGCUUUCACCAAAGAUGACAACCCCCGUGGUCUUCUGGAGGAGAGCAGCUUCGCGACCCUCUUCCCCAAAUACAGAGAGGCCUACCUGAAAGAGUGCUGGCCGCUGGUGGAGAAGGCUUUAGGAGAGUCAAACAUCAAAGCCUCUCUGGACCUGAUAGAGGGAAGCAUCACCGUCUGCACCACUAAGAAAACGUUUGACCCGUACGCCAUCGUGAGAGCCAGAGACCUCAUUAAGCUGCUGGCCAGGAGCGUCCCAUUCGAACAGGCUGUGCGGAUCUUACAGGAUGACAUGGCGUGUGACAUCAUCAAAAUCGGGACCAUGGUGAGGAACAGGGAGCGGUUUGUGAAGCGACGGCAGCGACUGAUUGGCCCCAAGGGUUCCACUCUAAAAGCGUUGGAGUUGUUGACCAACUGCUACGUGAUGGUGCAGGGCAACACGGUGUCGGCCCUGGGGCCCUUCAACGGGCUGAAGGAGGUACGCAAGGUGGUGAUGGACACGAUGAAGAACAUUCAUCCCAUCUACAACAUCAAGACGCUGAUGAUCAAACGGGAGCUGUCCAAAGACCCCGACCUACGGCUGCAGAGCUGGGAACGCUUCCUCCCCAAGUUCCGCCACAAGAACCUGACCAAGCGCAGGGAGCCCAAGAAGAAGAGAGUGAAGAAGGAGUACACGCCGUUCCCCCCAGCACAGCCGGAGAGCACGGUUGACAAGGAGCUGGCCACGGGAGAAUUCUUCCUGCGUGAGAGCGUUAAAAAGAGAAAGAAGAUGGAAGAGAUCAAAGUGAAACAAGCAGAGGCGCUGACCCAGAGGCAGAAAGAGAGGAACAAAGCUUUCAUUCCUCCAAAAGAAAAGCCUUUAAUGAAGAAAACCACAAAAGCUCCUACAGAAGCCAAGCUGGACAUCGAAGCCAUCAAGGAGAAAGUGAAAAAAGCCAAAACCAAGAAACUGGGGGCUCCACCAGUGAACCCGGGUCCCCCCCCCAGCACCGCCACUGGCAAAAAGAAAAGGAGCAAAACAAAAACCAAAGGCUAACCCCAGACUUAGACCAGCUUUGUUGUAAUGAGGACACCACGAUC